CUGGAAUUAAUGCUCUCGUAAUUUGCAAAUUUUGCAUUUGAUUUUCCCCCUCCCUCCAAUUCCAUCUUCUUCCCGCUCAGUUGGCUCCACGCAGGGCCCUCCAAAACCAUGACACAAAUAAAUCUCAAAUCCGAAACCCUAGAUUAGAGACCAGAGAUAUGGCCAAUGCAGAUUCCCACAAUUUUACCAAAACAAUCUGCUCAAUCUGCUACGAAGACCUCAAGCCCACUUCUGAGGAUCUCCAAUCCAUCUCCAUCUGCGGCCAUGUCUUCCACGAGCUCUGUCUGCAACAGUGGUUCGAGUACUCUGCGAGGACGAAGAAGUACACUUGCCCGGUGUGCAAACAAAAUUGCAAGCAAAAGGAUGCCGGCCGGCUUUAUUUUCAGUCGGUGGGGGACGCGGCGGAUGCGACUCAGAGGCCGAUUAGCAAAUGCGAGGAAGAUCCCCAGGUGUUGCGUCGAGAGGUGAAAAGGUUGGAGGUGGCGGAGCUGGGAAUUCGUUUGGCUUUCGAUCUUCAGGGGAAGGAGCUUAAGGAGCUCAAAGAGGAGCUUUGUCAAUGUAAGGAGGUGGCACAGAAAGAAGUUGUCUUGAAAAAUGAAGCCUUGAAACAACAAGCAUACAUGCAGCUACAGCUUACGAUGAAAACUGAGGCUCUUGAUAAAUCGACCAUGGAGCGUUUGAGGUUGCAAGAAAGAAACAUGGCAUUGGCCAAAGAGCUUGCAGCAUUCAAACUGGUAUCUGAUCUAGAUCUGGAUGAAGAUGAGGUUUCAAAGCUUUCCACUCUUGGUAAUGGUGCCAACACCAAAGACACGAUAGAUAUUCUUAGAAAGUCCUUGGAGAUGAGUAAAAGGAAUUACAAAGAAUUGAUAAACAAAUACAAUGGUCUUGCACGAGAAGCUCGUGAGAGCAAAAAACUGGAGCAGGAGGCUAAAGAAAAGAUUAAAAAAAUGAAGACAAGGGUACAAGAAAUGGAGACGGUUGUCGAAGUAAAAGAUAAUGAAGUUUUGAGGGCUUUAAAAGCUUCAAAGACAACUCGGGGUGAAGGAAUUAUGCAGAAUGGUGAAAGAUGUACCACUAAUUCAGUGUCUGUCAACAAUUCAUCAGAAGUUCAAAGAAAACAUCCGUAUGCACCCAUUCGUAAGUUGGAUAGAAUUGAAAAAUGGGAAAAUGAUUUACUGUGUCAUAGGAAAACAGAAAACUCAAACUUCACUGACGAUAUGGAUUUAAGCUGUACUAAAGAUGGUACAAGCACCACUGUUCAUGAUAAAGUAAGAGAUGCCUACUCUUUAGGAGAUAAAGGUGCUUCAAAACUUUCUACAGCUAAGCGUGGACUUUCAAAUCCCAAAUUGAAAGAACCAACCUAUGAGGAUGUUGUUAACCAGAAGUGCACUCGGUUGAGGUCAGAUGCAGUUUCUGAUACUAGGAAAGAAACUCCUACUUGUAACAAUACUGCCAGGACUCCUGCUGCCGAUGUUGUGAUUCUUGAUGAUGUUGAACAAGAUCAACCCAUGUUUAACAUUAGAAAGGAGUCUCCUGUCCCACAACCACUUCCCGGAACAGGGGAUGUAUGUUUUUCUGGUGGCUUGCUUGGGCCUGAUGGAACAAACAGGUUUUUAGGUAAAUGGUGCAAGCGGGGUCUGAACAAGGGAUCAGAAUCAAGACAAAACCCAAGUGCGGAUUCUGGUAAUUUGAUUGCUGUAGGAGCUGACGGAAGAGGUGGAAGAAUCAAAGUUCUUAGAUCACUGAAUCAUUCAACAGUGGAUAAUAAGGAGAAUGCACCGGCGACAAAGCGCUUCAAGUCGGGGUCUAAAGCAAAUAGUGUGCAGUCCCAAGGGUGCUUGCAAAUAGAACACUUCUUUGGGAGGGUUGGUAGAUGAUCAAGCAUUCAAAGGUGCGUCUACUUACGGGUUUGCAAUGUUGAGAUGUAUGAUUUUGUUGUGGAGGCUUGGAGUUAGGAGAGAAAGCGAAAAUUCCUGUGAAUUGUGAAGAGUAACAAAUGGUUGAAGCAAAUGGCAUUUUCUACUUCCUGUUUAUGAAGAGCCAUUUUGUUGUAUUGUAUAUAAUUUAUAUGAUUGGCUACUAUUUUUGUCGCUCAAAAUAUUAUUGGCUACUAUUGAAGUUUAGAGGAAAGAAAUGUCUUUGUACAAAGUUGAGAGUUCACCAAGUUACAUAUCAUUUUUCACAAGUGAGCGGUUGAUUAGUUGAAUUUCAAUCAUUGUUUA